GGUCACUUUGGUGAACUUCAUUUGGCUUCUUUUCUUUUUCAAAGAUAAAGAAAAUUGCAUGUGUCCAGGUAGCAGAGACAGUUGAUUUUACGCCAGUCUGUCAGUGAAUCUCUACAGUGAUAUUUCUUUGAUUUGGAAAUGGCGUCAGACGGUCCAGAAGUUUCCUCGGACUCUAUGAAGAACCAGAAGAUCGGAGGUGAGAGCCUCCUGACGCCCACCUCCCUGACUGACUCACCGGAUCUGAUUGCUGCUGUGACCGAAACUGACCGGAGCAAUGAUACCCGGAAAGAUACGGGAGAGUCUUCAGAGCAGAACAAGGAUGGAUUAAAAGUGUGCCAGUUUUUCCAGAGGGGAAAGUGUCACUUCGGAGGAAGAUGUCGUUUAUCACACAGUGACCCAUCACCACAUGAGUCAGCGGUUCUGUCCCCUGACAUGGAUGACAAACAGGAUGAAGAAAAGAUGGAAAAGCACAAGAAGAAAAAAGGCGCUGUGAGCAAAGUGGCGAAGCCGAAAGACGAGGGGACAGCAGAUGUGAACAAAAAGCCUCGCAUGCGCACGGCAGAUGAGGUUAUCUCUCGUAUCUUGUGGGACACAUCAGUGGACGCUUCAGAGUUUGUGGUGGGCUACGUGGAUCGCUUCCUCGGCGUGCUGGAGCGCCCUUUCUGUGACUUCAACUGGGACACCAACCCGUGUGACUGCGACUACACCACAGAGCUGGCUCUGCCCAGACACCGGAUCCAGUACUUCGCCUACAGAGGGCACCGCGUCUGGGACCGCCACAGCAGAACUGACAGGGUCUUUGGCUCCACCGGUCAAUCUCUGGCUCCACCGUUUGGAAAGGAGGAGGAAGUAAAGAAUGGAAGCAGAGUAAAGGAUCCAGAGCAGCAACAAGACGGUGGUUGUGAAACAACAGAGGAGCAGACAGGUGCUGUGGGUGGUCGGGAGGAAGACUGCGCUCGUACCAAAAACAGACAUGAGGAGGAAGAGGAGCUGAAUGAGAUGAAUCACACCUUUGCCCCCACACAUUGUGGAGGAAACACUUCUCAGGAACAGCAGGACCCUCGUGGAUUAUGUGUUGAAGAGGAGGUUGCAAAUAGACUCCAAUCAUCAACUGAGAAAAAUUCCUCAUGUCAAGAAAAUGACCAGGAUGUAAGUGAGGACGGAGAGGAGAAGCAUUUUGAAGACUGGGAGGAGACCUUGGACGGUCAUGAAGACACACAGGAUCCAGCACCGAAGCAGGCAGAAGAGAAAUGUGGCGGGCGUCCUCCUAAGAAAAAACCCACUCACUUCAUCACCUUCCGGGCCAACACGCCUAUGAUCCUGUCCUGCUUCCAGCAGCUGCAGGAGGAGCUCACCGCUCUCCUCCCCUCCUCUGCUCCUCACUGGCAGGCCGCCUCCAAGCUGCACGUCACCCUGUGCCUCCUGGUGCUGCGCGGCCCGGCCGAGGUGGUGGCCGCCGCGGAGAUCCUCCGCCGGUUCGCCCAGCUGGACCGCAACCCGCCCGUGGCCGUGACCUUCCCGGUGAAGCUGAAGCACUUCAACGGCAAGGUGCUGUACCUGAGCCCCCAGCCUCAGCUGCUCCUCCACCAGCUGAACUCCGGCCUGCAGGAGGCCUACAGGAAGGAGGGCUGGCUGCACCGGAGCUCCUACAACCCGCGGUACCACCUCACGCUGGCUAAGGUAGACGACGCAGAGGGGGAAAGGAUUUUUGACGGCGUGUGGUACCUGAAGGUGGGGAAGGGGUUGAAUUUUGGCCGGCAGCCAGUCAACACCUUACACCUUUGUACCGUUAGGGGCGCCGAGGUGAACGGUUUUUAUGACAUCAUCUGCACCGUAGCUCUUCGAUAAUGAAGAAGUAUCUCUCAUCACCUGCACUAUUCUACAUACAGCUUUUAAAUAGUGCUGUGAAUCACUAAACAGCACAUGACUUGGUGCAAUAGGAUAUGUUUACUUCUUAUAUUUAUUACUUCAGUAAAACUGAAUGUUUUUGGUAUUUAUCGAAGCAUUAAGUCAUAAAUUCAAAGGGAUGCAGUUCUCUCACAUAGAUUAUGCUUUACUAUUUUUCAUAUUUGCCUUAAUUUUACACACUUUGAUAUAUUCUGAUCCCCUUCAUUUAGUGACCCAGCAGUGUCCCUUGGACAUAAGAAAUACUUUUGUAAAGACUGCCAUAAGAAUUUUAUAUAUCAGUGUUUUCGUAUUCAUUAAUGUGAGUCCUCACCAUACAGAACCGAUUUCUGUUGUGUUGAACGUAUUUCAAUGCAACAUAUUGGGAAAAUAAAUAAAACCAAAUCAAACUGUAAUGAUGGUAUAAAACCACAGAUUGUUUUAUCUAGUUUCAAGGCAUGAAAAUUACCCCCAAAACAUGAAACCUGGUCAUUUUUUCUUUUACAAUUUGCAUGAGCACAUUCAAUAAUGCACAAAAAUAAAAUAAGUUUAUUGGUAGUUUAAGUUUAAUUAGUCACAAAAGCUAAAUUACUGAAGCAAAUGCAGCUCAUCUGAACUUUCUGUAAGCCUUUUGUUUACAGAAAUGCACAGAAGCAUUUGAAUUAUAGCAGAAAUUAAUUGUUAAAAGAUCUAUUUGUUUUCUUAGGAUAAAACAGUCGUUCAAAGUUUCAAGUUGCUAGAAAUUCCCAUCUGACUUUAAGGAUGAAGCUGCUGGGAUUAGACAAUCGAGCAUAAAGAAGAAUUUACUUGAAAUAAUAAUAGUAAUACUUCAUUUAUAUUGUGUGAGAGUUCGUUUUUAGCUGUAUGACUGGCUUUUUAUCAGAUUUUCUAUCAGAUUUUUACAGAAUUGCAUUGAUUAAAGCUGAUUAGAUCAAUAAAAUCUAAAAACUCCAGAAAACAAUCAGUAGAC